AUGUCUUUCGGGAAUGCGGCGGAAGCAAAAGCGUACUGAUCAUGUUUGAACAUGAUCGUACAAGGCCAUUGGCAUUGAUGAUCAUGCAGCAGCUGCUGACCAAUCCGAACUGUGAGGACGACCUCGUCCGCAUGCUGGCGUUGCUAAACUCCUCUGCACUGAUGCCAAUAACGCCUAAGAUUGAACUGCUGAGGAUCAAGUACAGCAGCCUUACGGAUAGCCUGAGGCUGCUGGGGUGUUUUGCGCGAUCAGACAAGCUGACGAUAGUGACACUGGAGGACGACAAAAGUACAGAGGCGGCAAACGAUGUGCUCGUGCAGCUGUACGAAAUUUUCACAUGGAAAAUUGAAGACAGGGAGACGUUUCCUGAUCACUCAUUACCGCGAUCCAUCGCUGUCGUCUGUUACAUCGUUCGGCUGCUGUACAACAUGGCAUUUGACAGCUUCGAUAGCCGUAAGCAGAAGCAGAAGAAUGGCGUUGGAUCGUCUCUACUUAUCAUUCCGCCGGUUUCAAACGAUUUGAUUCUGGUGCACCCUGGCGCCAUCAUGUGCAUGACCGAACUGCUGUUAUACAUUCAUCAUGAGGACAGCCGUGCUACCCUUGGCAUGCAGAUCUAUUUGUUGGAAGUGCUCAAGUCCGCACUGCGUAGCGAACGCAAUCAGCAGGUGAUGUGCCAAGAAGGACUACCGGCGUUACUGGUGAAAAUUGGCGCACCUAUAUUCCUCCAGGAGGAUCAUCCUCUGUUGCCCCCGUUUUUCUACAUUUUCGAACGUCUAGCUGCGCAGUGCAUGGAACCAAAUGAAAUAUGGAACUUCUUGCGCCUAGCUGAUCCGCUGUGUUGUGCAGACUUGGAUGACAACGAGGAUAACGGCAUUUGUAGCGGUGGUCCGGUGGCCCUCAGUCGAGUCAAGACCUUGGUGUCGAUGAUGACUCCGCGCGACCUUCGUCUUAGUUGGAUG